AUGGCACUCGGAGGUCUUGCCGGAAUCAACUGCCACUGCCAGUGGGGGCUGACUGGGCUUUUGGGUGGCAUCGUCAUCAUGCUGGCUGCAGGCGUCUUCACUGCUUUGCCUGUCUUUUUUGGCUGGUUCUGCUACCAGUGGUACUACGCCCUUUGCUGGUUCUGGUUCCUCCUCGGUGUUGCCAUGACGGUCUUUGGAGCGUUCUACGAAUGCUUCUGCUUCUCGCCAGUCUACAAGUCAGUGCAGGCCCGGGAGUGGGCGGAGGAAGAUGGCUCUGGCCCAGCCUCUGCACCAACACCGUACAUCAUGAUCCAGUGA